GGAGCGGCGGGACGGUUCGGCAGCGCCAGAGAAAGGCGAGCCCACUCCGACCGCUGGAGAACGCGGGACAGGGCACGCUGCAGGGAGGUCCUGGGGCACAGGGACACCGUGUGGGAGACGAAGACAUCUCAGGACAGAGGCAGCGGCAGGCCCGUUUUAGUGGCCAAGAUCUCCAAGAGAGGGGUCGGGGCCUGACUCCAGCUGCUGGCCAGAACAAAUCGUAAAGCCCUUUGACAGCCCUCUGCCUUCUCAGGCUGAAGUCUCAGGGCCUGGGCGGCCCCAGGCAGCUGCUACAGCGGUUCUGAACUCCUAGGCACGUUUUACCUGCAUUCAUGACUGCAGGUGCCUGGCAUUCAGGCUGUAUUCUCUGCUUAGGACCUGACACGGUCCCCAUACUUGUCAUUUUAAAUAUCCUUGAACCCCUCCACUGUCCAGAUAUUGAAUAAUAUGAGAACAGGAGUUUCCUUUUUCAGCUCCAUAAAUGAUACCUUUUCCUAACAAGCAGGUAACAUAAACAAACAGUCUGGAGUGAUGUGUGAACAUAAACCCACAGCUUGAUUGUUCUUUAGGAGCUUCAGAGUUAAUUGAGCUGAGUUCUGAUUCUUUUGAUCCGUGUUCAGGCUGAUGUCACAACCCUGAACUUUUUCUUCUGUUAGUCAAUAAAUAUGUAUAUUAAAAGUACCUUCAAAUUGUCUUACUGAUAAAUGUAGAAGGCUGAGUCUGUCCCUCGCCAUGUCCAGGAUGAGGACCAGCAUUGAUGUUCCUCUCCCCUGGGGCCACUUGUCCCUGACUAUUCAGAGGAUGCCUUCCUCCAGGUCGCCUAUGGCAAGUAGGAUGAUUCUUGUCCCUUUCAGGUCGUAACCCGGGCCAGCACGUCAUCAGUGAGAGCAAGGCCUGUUCUAUAACAUUUCGUGGCUGCAGUCUCACUUUCUUUCUUACAGAAGGUGACUUGUUAUGGCUCUUGUUCCCUUUCAGCUCCCAGUUCUCCUGAAGGGGACCUCAGACGAUGAUGUCCCCUGUCCAGGGUACCUGUUUGAAGAGAUUGCUAAAAUCUCCCAUGAGUCGGUGGGCAGCAGCCAGUGCCUGCUGGAAUACCUCCUGAACCGCCUGGACAGCAGCUCUGGCCAUGUGAAGCUCAAGGUGCUGAAGAUUUUGCUCUACCUGUGCAGCCAUGGCUCCUCCUCUUUCCUGCUCAUCCUCAGACACAACUCUGCUCUCAUCCAGGAAGCCACAGUUUUUGCAGGACCCCCAGACCCUCUGCAAGGGAACAGCUUGUACCAGAAAGUGCGAGCGGCUGCCCAGGACCUGGGCAGUACCUUGUACUCUGAUGCUGCACCACUGCCUCCCUCCCAUCCCGCCAGGGCCCUGCCUCCCACGGGCAUGGGCUCCCAGUCUAGGCCUCUCAGCGCCCUCCAGGGUUUCGGUUACAGCCAGGAGCAGGGCUGUGCAGGCUCCACGGGUGAAGCCUUCCUCUCCACCAUCCAGAGGGCUGCAGAGGCGGUGGUUAAUGCUGUGCACCCUGGGCCUGAGAAUCCCUGGACCCAGAGGCCUCUGCCACAGGGUGACACCUAUCAGCCUGCAAUGACACCUUCCAGCAGCCACCAUGCCCCUGGGAAUCUGCUUCCUGGGGCCACCCCGUGUGCUCGAGCUGUGAGACACCAGCCAGGGCAGGCUGGAGGGGGCUGGGAUGAGCUGGACAGCAGCCCUGGCUCCCACAGCUCCUCCCGCAACAGUGAUCAGAGCCGGGCCUCAGACUCAGGCAGUCGGUCGGGCAGCGACAGCCACUCGGGGGCCAGCCAGGAGCCGGGUGACCUGGCAGAAAGGGUGGAAGCCAUGUCCCUGAGUGACUGCCAGCAGGAGCUGAGGCUGGUGAGGACUGUGACGCAGGGGCCCCGCGCCUUCCUGAGCCGUGAGGAGGCCCAGCAUUUCAUAAAAGACAGGUGCGGGCUGCUCAACUGUGAGGCGGUGCUGGAGCUGCUCCUUUCCCCUCUGGGCACAGCCAGUGAGCGAGAGCAGAUGAGGGCCCUGUGUGCCAUUGCCUCCCUGGGUUCUGCUGACCUUCUUCCCCAGGAGCACAUCCUUCUCCUCUCCCGGCGGCAGCUGCAAGCACUCAGCAUGGGCAGCCCCGGGCCUGUGACCAGCAAGGCCACCAAGAUCCUAAGGCACUUUGAAGCCUCCUGUGGACAGCGGCCCCCAGCCCCAAGGCCCUGUGCUGAGCCCAGCCCCACAGCCACCCUUGUGGGCCCGUCAGACCUGCUGACUGACCCUGAGCCUCCCCCGGGGGGCCAGGUCAUCCUCCAGCCUCUGAGCUCCUCCCCAGUCUUGCCAGGCAGCCUGGCACCCUCCCCAGCUGCAGACACCAGCGCCUUCCCAACCCCCAGACAUGCCAGCAAGGCUGAGACACUCCCAGAAGAGCAGGGGGCACGGCCUGUGCAAGGCUUGGGGGAUAUGGAGACCCCAGAGGGAGGCCCUGGCCCCUGCCCAUGGAACCACAACUCCUUGUUUGCUGGCAUGGAGCUGGUUGCCUGUCCCCGCCUGGUGGGGGUUCAGGCUACAGCAGAAGGGCCCAAGCCAGCCCCUCACUGCCCCCGGACGUGGGCCCAGAGAGCGGCAGCCACAGAGCCUCCAGACCCAGAGUUGUCAGCCUUUGCCUUCUUAAACAAAUGAUCACGUGGGCCUGGCUGUACACAGGGGGUCUCCCUGUCCUCACCUGGUGACUCCUAGGACCCCAUCGCCUCCUACUGGCAGCCACCUACCCUACCCCUUCACUUACCCAUCACCCACUGCAGCCUGGGUGCAGGAGCCCCAGCCAGGUGGUGCCAAGUGGCCCUCCCAGCAGCUGUCAUGGUCGCUGAUGGGCCCGAGUGUCCCUCAGGAUGCUUUGGAGCAGCCAAGACAGGAUGCAGUUGCACCCUCAGAGUCAUCUCCAAUGCACUGUGCCUCGAGGGACAGCUCCCCAACCAUGCUUGCCGAUGGGACGCACACAGGCCAUUCUUGGGGUGUCCCUCUGGCUGGGGCCAACUUUCCCACUGCAGAGGUCUCCAGGUUUCAAUGGCGUGUCUGCAGGGCCAGCGUUCUUGAGGCCCAGCCCUCAGCUUACCCUGCUCCCAUCCCCAGCUGAACUGUCCCCCAUCUGCUUUGCCGGAGGCUUGCUAUGGGGACUUGAGUUCUACCAGGCAGGUGGCAGGGCUCAGAAGCGCUGCCUGGGUACCCAGGGUAACUCCCACCCGCCUUGCCCUUGGGAGUGGGGUGCUGGUAUGGCUUUGGAGGCAACUGCUCAGUUGUUUUCAUCUUGCCCUCUGGCCCCUCCUUCCCAAGGAAGGUCACAGUGUCUGGAGCUGCAGCCCUGUCAGGUGGGCAGCUGAGGGGAUCGGUGCCUGGGGCUGGGCUGGUUCUCUGCUGCUUGGUGAAAGCCCUCGGCCCUUUCAAGGUUAGAGGUGGGGAGUGGGGUAUGAAACCCCAUUCCUCAGAAGACCCCAGAGGAGCUCUGAGAUUCACACUCUGAAUAAACAGUGCUGUUUACACACAGCUGGGACAUUGCUGUGUUUUCUCCUC